AUGGCCGACGAGAGCAUCGAGUUGGAGGACGGUGAGCUGGUGGUCGCCGCGGCCGUGAACGGUCCGUCGUCGGCCGCCGACGUUGAACUUCGAGCUCAGCUACGCGAAGCGGCGACGGUUUUGCGCCACCGAGGGCAGCCAGACUUGGCACGGCUGGCUCUCGGUCUGGUCGACGCCGACCUCCGCCACGCGGUGUGGGUUCUUGACGACGACGUGCGCGGCGGCGGCGACUUCUCGGGUGACCCCGCGCUGUUCGACGCGUUCCGUCACAGGAUCCGUAUGCAUCUACUCAACUUAUUAGAAGAAAGUGGCUACGAGGAGGACGAAAUUCCUGAGGCCUUUCCUCCUAUGGUGCUUGAGGCCGCCCAGCACGCUGCACGCAUUGUUCAGAUCUACGACAUCGACGAGCCCUACCGCAACUGCGGCUUCGGCGCGGUCCCUGCGUCCGCCGCCGCGGUGCGUAGCCUGGAGAAACAAACGUUCCGCGCCGCCGGAGGGGAAGACGACGGCAUCACGGAGUGUGGCAUCUGCUUCGAGGAGUUUGUGGAUGGUGUGCAGGUCACCGUGAUGCCAUGUUCAUCUCGCGUGCACAAGUUCCACCCGGACUGCAUCUCCAAGUGGUUGGCGAUCAGCAACAUGUGUCCUCUCUGCCGCCAUGAACUGCCUGCCUAA